UAACUCCGUGGUCACACUGCUCAACUUUGUUUGUACAUUUCGAAUUUAAUGAAUUUAAUGAAUUAUCGUGUGAAACAAGGAAAAUGGAGCGCAAAGAAGUGGACGCACAGCAGUACAUUGAUCACACGCUGCUGGCCUCGGAGCUAAUGCGGGAUCCAAAUCACUUUAUUAUGGAUCUAAUCGAUCACACGGGCGUGUUUCCCAAAGCCGAGGGACCCACCAACCUGACAACCAGCACAGGAAACACCCCGAGUGAUGGGACUGGCGGCUACGUGGAGAAGGAUGCCCUGACGCCGGAGCUGAAUUUUCACAACACAAUUUUCCAGUUUGUGAACAAGCAUGUGAACGAGUCCUCGUCGGGGGACAGUGUAGUGGGUCCGGUGGUGUCCCAGCAAGUGCCGCAGCCUGCCUUCCCAGCCCUGGCCAUAGAGCCCACAGUGCCCAUCGAUGUCUCGACGGGUCUGCACGCCGUCGACGAUGAUGAUCUGCUGUAUGUGCACAAUGCUCUGACGACCAAUGCCCGCAAGGUGCUGCCACACAAGAAGCGCAUUUCGAGGAAGCUCAAGGGCAACAUCGAAGCGGAGAUGGAGCUGCAGCAUCAGCAGCAACAGCAGCACAAGCAUGUGGUUCAGCAUGUGCCGGUCGGGGCGGCCGCUCUCUAUAGCUGUGAGAUCUGUGGCUAUGCAGUGCACACACAGUUGGAUUUCUUUGCACAUCUCAAGCAGCAUUAUGAGCCACCAAUGGCCAUGGAGCAGCGACUGGAAGUGCCCAUACAACAGCAGCAACAAGAGCAGCAGAAGGAGCCACUGGACAUGUGCGGUCUCUCGUCACAGGAUAAGCUGCAGCAGGAGCAGGCCAAACUGGAUCAGGUCUUUCAAGAUGUUCAGCUGAACUUUGAGAACUUUCAUCCCAUCAGUCAUGUGGAUCACGAUGUGGGCGUGGGCGUGGGUGUGCCUGUAAAUGUCAACGAUGUUGGCGUCAAUAUGGUGAUGCAUGGCGAGGCCACAGACAAAAUGAAUUCAGUGGGUGCCAGCAGCAGCACGCCCAACGUCAACGUUGUGGUGCCCGUUGUGGAUGAUGUAGAGUUCAGUGACACUGAGGACAUGCUCGAGGGCAUACGGAACGUAGUGGACAAGGUGUCCAUUGAGGACACUUGCGAUGAGCUGGUGGAUCUGGAGCUAAGCACCGCCACGAUACGAGCGCCCUGGUUUAACAACAACUUCAGCGACAUCACAUUCCCGGGCCUGCUGCUGCCUGGGGAGCCGCCUCCAGUGACAGCGGAGCAGGCGACAACGCCGCUGCUCAAAGAGGAUCAUCCCAAUGAAGCGGAGCAGAUGGAUUUGGAUUUUCUCAAUGCCAGCAAACGCGAGGAAUCAAAUGACGUCAAAAUGGAGAAGCUGGAAAAGCCCAUCGAGGGGAUUGAGCAGCCUUUGCUGGUGGCGCCACCAAUGUGCUGCACCUCUCCGGCACCUCCUCUUGCGCCACCGCCUGGCUCGGCCAUUGAACAGCUGCGUCGUUCCCCCCUAGUCCUACACGAAGCAGCCUACAAACUGGAGGCUGAUGAAAUGCCUGACGACAGCGCACCGCCCUCACCAUUUGAAAGUGAAGAAAUCGACAGAGAGGAUGAAGACGUUACCGAUGGCUAUGCCAUGGAGAGCAUAGACACAAGUCCCAGCGAAGAGUCCCCGAGCAAAGCGAGGAGGAAACACUUUUGUGAGAAAUGCAACAGGGACUUCAAUUCAUACAAUGCCCUCAAAUAUCAUCAAUAUACACACAACCAGGAGCGUUCGCACAAGUGCAGAAGCUGCGAAAGAUCCUUCUACAACCAAAGUGCGCUCACAGCACACGAGAAAACACACUCUGGCGUAAAGCCCUUUGAGUGCGAGAAAUGUGAUUACAAGUUCCGACAGUGGGGCGAUCUCAAGUAUCACAUCAUCUCCAGACACAGCGACAUCAAGGCCCACAUGUGUGAGUUCUGCGGCAAGAGCUUCUCCCGAAGGUACUCCCUGGUGCUGCACCGUCGGAUCCACACCAGCGAGCGGAACUACGCCUGCCAGUACUGCGACAAGACGUUUCGUGCAAGUUCUUACCUUCUGAGCCACGUCAAGGUGCACACGGGAGAGCGACCGCACGAGUGCGAGGUAUGCCAGAAGCGAUUUCGCGUCUCGGGGGAUCUCAAGCGGCAUUCCCGCAUUCACGAUCCCUCCAGAAAUAGUCAGGCCCCCGCCACAAAAGUCAAGAAAAAGAAGCUGAAGCAAAUCAAAGACCAGAUUCCAAAUGAGAAUGAAGAGGAGGAGGAAGUGGUGGCGGUUGCCAACCGUAAACAUAAGUCUGACGCCUUGUGCGACGAAUCAGAGCAGGAAAUUCUCGGCUUAUAGCCCUGCUGGCCCAAGGUUCUUCAAUAUAGUAUUAGCAAUGAUUAAACCACACAUUGAAAUCGCAUAAAUACUUUUUGGUAUGCUCCAUCUUUGUGUAACAUAACCUUUUGUACUAGUAAAUUAUUAACUAAAAAUCCUAAGAUGUUUGUACCAAACCACACAAUUUGUAAAUAUCAAAUACGUAAACCAUGGCUUUUACUCGUAAAUGUUCCAAUCUUUUCGCGCGAAGACAUCCCCAGAUAUUCCACACAUUGCUGGUGUCUCCCCAGCUGGCAGUUGAAUAAAAAACAAGU